GAGCUGCUCGAUGUGCUCGAGUGCCACCUCUGCUACCUCCUGCUCCACGAGCCACUGACGACGCCGUGUGGUCACACCUUCUGCCGGUCGUGCCUGUCGCGCAGCUUGGACCACAGCAGCAAAUGCCCGCUCUGCCGAGCGAGCAUGCCGCCUUUCUCGUUCUUCCUCGAUCACCCGACCAACGCUUCGAUCCUGAAGCUGCUCAACUCGACGUACGCCGAGCCCGCCACGCCGGCUGGCGAUCGCAAGGCUGGCGUGGAGCAAGAGGAGCGCGAGGCAAGUCUCUCCACGCCCGUCUUCGUCUGCACGGUCGGCUUCCCGGGCAUGCCCACCAUUCUGCACAUCUUCGAGCCGCGCUACCGGCUCAUGAUCCGGCGCUGCGUCGAGAGCGGCCAGCCUCGCUUCGGCAUGGUCCUGCCGUCUCGUGACGGCUCCGGCGGCAUGUCUGAGUACGGCACGCUGCUCGACAUCAAGAGCGUGCAGAUGCUGCCCGACGGCCGCUCGAUGAUUGAGACGGUCGGCUCCAAGCGCUUCCGUCUGGCGGAGAGCGGCGGGCUCGACGGCUACAUUGUUGGGCGCAUCGAGACCAUCGAUGACAUCGGUCCGGAGGAGGAAGCGGCCCUCGAGAAGGCGGCGAUGGAGCGCAACAAGCGCCGCGCUAAUGCUUCUGCGAACCCCGCCGACGACGCACGCGCCAUGGUUGACAUCUGCGAGUCCUUCAUCACCGAGCUCCGCUCCGGCACGGCCCCGUGGCUCGUCACGCGUCUCAACCACACGUACGGCCCGAUGCCGCCGCUCAACGAAGUCUCCCGCCUCAGCUUCUGGAUGGCAUCCGUCAUGCCCAUCGACGAGCACGAGAAGGCGCGCCUGCUGCCAGUUCGCAGUCCGCGCAUCCGCCUGCGCAUCGUCGUCUUCUGGAUCGAGCAGCUCCGCUCCACGUGGUGGUUCAGCAGCGGCUGUAACGUCCAAUGA